AUGCCAGACACCGAGGUAGGCCAAAUACUCACUGAACUCUACGCUCAGACUAUGGCAUCCAAUCGCCAGUCUACGAGUCAACCGGCAGCAACCCAUGGCUCUGCCCAUGCUGAAUUUCGAUCUCAAUUCCGGCCUGAGUAUCAGAUGCAGCCAUCUCCGGCUCAGUCAUCUACGCCGGGAAGUUCAAACAAUAACACUGGACACACACCAAAUGCAUACCCACCUUUCAAUACUUACAACCCGACUUCUCAGCCACCGAACUAUUCGCCGAAUACACCUAGUUGUGAUGGCCUCCCCAGCCCAGAUCGCGGGAAGGAUGGCAGUGCUUCUGGGAGUGCGGCGGGGCAAUCUAAACGGACCCGAACAAGACCGACCAAGUCUUGUGAGAGAUGUCGAAGCAAGAAACUGAGAUGUGAUCGUGAGUUUCCGUGCGCGAGUUGCAAGAAGGGAGGGAAGAGUGGGAGCGAUUGCUCAUAUCGGGAUGGAUGGGAACCAUGGGACAAAGAAGAGGAUGUUCCUGCCGCGAAGAAAGCUAAAGGAGGAGACACGACUUCAGGAUUUGAUACUGGGGGUAAUCUGAGUGUGGUGGAGAAGAUGGUGAGAAUUGGCGAGGCGAUGGGCGGACCUGGUCACGGACCGCAGUCACCUAAUAUCACGAGCUCGACCAGAUAUCCGGAUGGGAAAUCCCAGCCUUCAGCCAUAGCGAACUCGUAUGCCUCUUCUUCAACGUUAGGAAGACUCGAUAUCAAAGGUCAGAGGUCACGUUAUGUGUCCCCGGGAGACAAGAUGAGAAUUAUGGAUCGUUUUGAAGACCCUAAGAACUUCAUUACCAAUGGGUUCAAAGAUCCAGACAUGGUAGACAUCAUGCGAGAACUUUCUGGAUACCAGAAAGCUCUACUUCCCAAGCAGCCGAAGAUUGUUCUCACGACUUUUGAGAGAGAGCACUUGAUUACUGAGAUGUUCAGGGCUGUUCCUGAAGGGUGGCUCUAUGGCUUCCUUCAAAACAAACUAUUUCUCAACUGGGAAACCGUUCAGCGUGUCUUACAUAUCCCAACAUUCUCAAAGGAGUGCGAGGAUGUUGCCGCUGCCCAGGCUUCCGGCGCUCCAAGUAUCCCUUCACACCUAGGGGACUGGGUCCUGCCACAGAUUAUGGUGGCUACAACACUUGUCAGCCGAUUAGAUGAUCCAGCAGUCAAGCAGUCUACAACAGGACGGCUCACCGAGGAGCAAAUCGUGCGUAACAUCGAAAUGGCUAGAACAUGGUUGGAUGGAUUACGCGGAAAGCCAAACACCUGCAUUCAUACGCUUCAAACUCGAACUUUACUUCUACUGGCCCAGCAAGCAAAUCUUUGUAGUACCCAUGAUCUUUGGAUGGAUUCUGCGGCACUUGUUCGACGGGCUAUGAGUAUGGGACUUCACCAGGAUCCUGAAACAUACUCCGAGAUGUCAAAACUGGAUAAAGAGAUGCGCAGGAAGCUGUGGACAUCGCUUGUGGAGCUUGAUAUGCAGUUCUCUCUUGCUGCCGGCAUGCCAGCAGCUGUCAGGUCUUCCAACUGGAACAUCAGAGGCUUGGUCAACGUCGACGACAGCGAACUUACAAUAGCAAUGACUGACUAUCCAGUGGGGAAAUCAGAAACGACAUGGACGACUGCUUUGCCACAAAUCGCUUUAUCGGCAUCAUUGAAGGACAGACUAAAUAUCACCAGCUGGCUCGGGGGCAACCUGAAUGUGGAGCAGGAUGCACCGGCUCUUGUCGCUCAUGCCCACCUGUUAGAGAAGACACUUCGCUCUCUCCCUCCACAAUUCCGCGGUUUGAAUGUGGGUGGUGCAAACAUCAACAACAAGCGAAUCGAUAGAUUAUUCAUCAGCAUAAUGCUGGACAUGUCGAUCCGUCGUCCCUUGGUGGCUUUAUAUCGAACAAUUGUAUUCAGUCCACAAGUCCAUCGAUUUCCUGAGGCUCGAAAAGGAGCUCUGCGGUGCUCACUGGCAAUUUUGUCGCAUCUCGAUGCUCUGGACCCUGCCAUCGCAGACCUUAGUAUCGUCAAAUCCAGAGACUAUCUCAACCUGUUCCACAUCCUGUACAAGAAUGAUAUCAUUCAAGCUGCGCUGCUUGUCUGCCACGAAAUCCGGUCGUUUGACCAAGCCCCCACACCAACGUCCAACGAUGUCGCAUACCCCGAAGAGUCAUUUCCACAGACCAAACAUAGCCUAACACGCGCGGUUGAGAACACUUUGCACAGUUUGCUAGCUAGGCUCGGGGACUUUGGAAGCGAUCUUAAAGACAUUCUUCCCCUGAGUGUUGUCUUACAGAGUGUUCGCGCUGAGGGCACGAUCGAGGAAAUGAGAGAGGUGAUGCAAAGAGGCGCAGAGAGAGUACUUACGGCAUGUAGAAGAGCUCUCCCUGGUGUGCAAACUCAACAGAUGGGAUCAGAAAAGCAAACCACAACGCCAAAAGCAUCAGGAGAUAAAUGGAACUCUGUAGUUCUUCAAAACAGAGCAGUGACUGCCACGAACGACUUCAAUACGAUGUCAGUGGAUGAGUUCGACUUCCAGAAUUUCGACUUCGGCUGGGGAGAUUGGUCAAUGAACCAAUCAUGGGUUUGA